AAUAUCUUUGGGCACAAACGACGAGCCAUUCCCAAUUUGAACAUCAAAAUCUAUCUCCUUCAUGUGCCUCUUGUUUGUCAAAAAAGCCAGACAAAAACAAGCCGGCUUCGUAACAUCGGGUCAAAAAAUCGUUCGCAAAUUGAAAAGAUUUUUGUGUGAAACUCCACUAGCUUUAAUCGGUGUUCAAUUCCACAUUUCAAAGAGCGAAACAAACCUGAUACAAAAAUGUCAUCGCCCGCUCCGAAAUCGCCGGAACUUUCGGACAAGAGCCGAAAAUAUGAUCGCCAGAUUAGGUUGUGGGGAGAACAUGGCCAGACCCUGUUGGAAAACGCUCAAAUUUGUCUCAUCAACGCAACGGCUCUUGGAACUGAGAUUCUCAAGGGGGUGGUUCUGCCCGGCGUCGGAGGAUUUACCAUCGUAGACAAUGGAAUCGUCACGGAGGAAGAUAUCGGAUGUAACUUCUUCCUGGAUUCGGCCAGCUUGGGGCAAUCGAGGGCCAAAAGCUGCAUGCAGCUGCUCCAGGAGCUGAACCCGGAUGUUAAUGGUGAUUAUUUGGAUGAGAAUGUGGACCAGUUGAUGGAUUCGCAGGCGGAUUUCUUCCGGAACUUUGACGUGGUGGUGGCCACCGGGGUGAACGAACGGACCGUAGCUCGAUUGUCCAAUUUGCUAUGGGAUCAACACAUUCCCUUGAUGGUGUGCCGAUCCGUGGGUUUCUACGGAGUGGCACGGCUUCAGGUGAAGGAACAUUGCGUUGUGGAAUCGCAUCCGGAUAGCCGACAGAGUGACCUCCGGCUGGAACAUCCCUUCGAAGCCCUGAAGAAGCAUAUGGCCGAAACGGAAGUCACCUCCAAGGUUCCCUGGCUGGUGGUGAUGUACAAAAGUCUGCAGGAGUGGGUCGAAAGUCAUGGGGGGCGUUAUCCGGCGAAUUACCGGGAGAAGUCGGAACUGAGGGAGCUAAUCCGCAGUAAAAUGACGGCCGACGAGGAAAAUUUUGAGGAAGCGAUCAAGGCGGUGAAUUCGAGCUUCGGGGGCGGCAAGCCGGGUUCGGCGAUCGGCGAAAUACUGGCGGACGAUUGUUGUUUGAAUGUGAGGAAGGAGAGCAAUGCCUUUUGGAUUCUGGCUCGAGCACUGCGAGACUUCGUAGAAAACGAAGGCCAUGGACUGCUGCCGCUUCCUGGUGUAUUGCCAGACAUGACUGCGGACACCAGCUCGUACAUCAACCUGCAGAACGUGUAUCGAGCGCAAGCCGCUCACGACGCUGAAAUUGUCUACCGGCGAGCUCGCCAGCUGCUCAAAGAGCUGAACAAGCCGAACGAUUUCAUAACGGAAAAGGAUGUCCGGCUGUUCUGUCGGGAAGCUGCUAAUCUUGCCGUCCUACGGGGAACAAAGAUUGCCGAUGAAUACGAUAAGGCCUACAAGGCGUCACAAAUUUCCUCCGCGCUGGAGUCUCCGAGUUCCUUAAUGGCCCACUACUUGACUCUUCGAGCGGUGGACAAAUUCCAGGCCGAGCACGGAUACCUUCCCGGGGAGUGCCAAGUCGAGGAAGACACUUCCCGGAUUAAGAGCAUCGCCAACAAGAUGAUUAACGAGUGGGGCAUCAGCACUCCGAUCAGUGACGACCUGGCCCACGAAAUCUGUCGCUACGGUGGCGCGGAAAUUCACAGCAUUUCGGCCUUUUUCGGCGGAUGCAUUGCCCAUGAGCUUAUAAAGCUGAUCAGCAAGCAGUACAAACCGUUUGAUAAUACGAUCGUCUACGAUGGAACAACGGCACAGACGGAGACCUUUAAACUGUAGGGCGGUUUGGAGUUGGUGCGAGGAGGUAAGAUUUGUCGGAGGAGUCGUACUUUACGUUAUUGAAAUAUCUCUUAUUCGUUCAAUAGUAAGCAAUAGAAUAAAAUAACCAUUUUGUUUCGUCCAA